AUGUCGACCUCAAGUGCUGUCACAACCAUUUGCGAUCCAAACGAGAUAUUGCAUCUAAUACUUCACGGAAACAUAACAAAAGGCUUUCCCGAUCCGCCCUCACGGGUCGUCAAACUAUUCAUCGGUUCAACAAAAGCUGACUUUGAUUGCGAGCGCCGACACAUACACGAUGUAGUAAUACCAGAGCUCCAGCGCUACUGUAAUAGUCUAUCACUGGAUCUGCUGAUAAUUGAUCCACAAUGGCGUAGCACAAGUAGUCUGACCACCAGUCACUCGACCAUCUAUUUGGACACCGGAUCCGCUGCUCAACUCAGAUCACCGUCGGUUCCUAAGUCGCCAUCACUGGCGGCUCAACAGUUGUUUUAUGAAUGCAAUACAGAAUCAGUGAAUCCACACGAAUUUGCUCUUCAGAUGCAAGAAAUUGAUGACUGUUUUCGGCAAUCAUUGACCACAUUUUUCUUGUGUCUAAUCGGUCAUAAAUAUAAACCGAUGGCAUUACCCACUUGUAUCAGCUCGAGUGACUUCAAGCACAUCUAUGCGGUGGCCAACGAGGCCGGACUCGGCGACGUAUCGCUACUGAAACAGUGUUACCGCGAAAACCAAAAUCUCUAUCCGUCGGCUCAGUACUCGUUAGUCCGGCCGCGACGGCCGUCCCGACAGCACGAAGAAGAGAUGGAAAUUAUUGCCAAAAUUGUUGAAUAUGGCGCCAAAGUGGCCCAACGGGAGGGUAAUCUCAGCGAAAAUUUUGAGCCCCUGUUGUCAGCCGUUCACAGACAGAUACUUCACGCUUUGAAAUUAGUUAAAACACAUAAUAAUAAUAAUAAUAACAACAAUAAUAACAAUACCACUGCUUCUUGUGUUGCAUCGGAUAGACUUCUUUGUUUUAUCCGACAAUUUGAAGGUGUUGACUUUGGUCACGCAUCUGUGUCCCAAUAUUUUGAUGUCACCCCUACCACCGCCAGUACACCUAUGACCGGAUCGUCGUCAUCGGCCACUGGCGCCGGUGCCGCUAUUGAGUGCUCGGCCACUGCUAUUCAAGGUGUCCAUCAGCUCAUCGACGAUGUCAUCUGUGGCCUCAAACGGGGAAAUAUUCAUUAUUUUAAUAUUUCAUGGGACGAGGAGUCGACGCGUAAACAUGAAAAUAAUGAUGAGUUGACAACAACAUCGACGGCCGCCACCACUGUCUACACUCUGUCCAGCGAUUAUUUGGACAAAUUUGGUACAACAUUGUUGAACAGUUUGCGCACCGGUAUCGACAAUCACAUGAAUCGGACGGCGUUUGAAUACCCGGCCGAAGUGAUCUGUGAAUCCCAUUCCCAUUUGUGCAAUUUUCGCAACAUUAUCGGUGCAAUAGGUGUGUCCCAAUCCAUUGACUCGGACUGUGCGCCACUGUUACAGAUCCAGAAACUGAUAGCAUCGGCCAACGCAAGUCCACGACACGCACCUAUUGUAGUAACCGGUAAGGAAGGUGUCGGUAAAACGACAUUUUUGUCGCAAGUGUUCACCCAUUCCACCGAAUGGCUGGUCGGCGGCGAAGAAGUUAUACGAAUUGUGCGACACAUUGGCCAGAGUCCCGGAUCGAGCUAUAUAUCGGAAUUGUUACGCAAUCUGUGUCUUCAUAUAUCGCUGGUGUUUGGAUUUGAGGCCCAAACCACCAUAAGCUACGAUUUGUCCGCACUGUCCAUUUGGUUCCAGGAUUUGCUCAAAAUGGUUGAGACAACCUCUGAGAAUACGGACCUAAUCAUCAUUUUAGACGACAUUCAUCUCAUGUGGUCAACUCAGGCCACGGCACUGCUCGGUUGGUUGCCAUUCAAUUUACCGGCCAAUGUUCAUCUUAUCUGUUCAGUGGCCGAAACAGCCGACGAAGUACUUUCGCUUUUAAGAUCUCGUAUAAGUGCCGACAAUUUUAUCCGAUUGACACCCAUUGCCAACGCAAACAGUUUUAUAUCGACACUACAGUGCAAACUCAGGGAUGAAAAACACAAUCUGACAGCUGAUCAAUGGUCAGUAAUAAGGGAGCGCUUUUCCAAUUCAUACUUUCAACAAACUCAUACAACACCACUGUAUGCCAAUCUAUUGUCGUGUACACUGUUGACGGACUGGGAGUCCUUUUACGAGCCAACCAUAGCCUCCAUACCCAGUGAUAUCAACGGUAUUGUUGCGCACACCGUCAGCGAUCUGGAGGAUCGGUUCGGGUUGGCGUUGAUCAGAAAAAUUUGCUCAUAUCUGUGUUGCACACGUUAUGGGCUCCGGGAGGUGGAGAUCUACGACCUGGUCAUCAACGACGAUUGUAUAGCCGAUGCCAACGCCAAUACAUGGCUGGCCAUCAAAGAGCAGUUAACACCGCUGUGGAAACAGUACUAUGUUUUAGGCCGUAAUUAUAUCAAAUGGAAAAAUCAAUGUAUCAGCGAUGCCCUCCGGCACCGAUACCUUAAAGAUCCGGCAAAAUUGCAGGCAAUACACCAGGAACUGGCACUGGCUUUUCACUCAGCAUUCAAUGAGGCACUGAAUGAGUCAAAUAGUAUACGCAAAGAGACAGAACUGGUGAGAGAGGCGGACGAACUGUGGUAUCAUUUGUUGCGAUGCGACGAUCGCCAGAAGCUGAAGGAAUUGGCGAUUUUGAACAUCGAUUUCUUGAUGACUGUGGUUAAGGGAAAUUCAAUUAGCUAUUUGAGGAGCAUUUUAGAUGUAGUUAGAAGUCAAGUGCUGGACUGGGAGAUAGAGUUGUUAUAUAAUAUGACCAAACAAUCGGUUCAUGUAGUCUCGCAAGAUGCCAAUCAAUUAGCCAUUGAAAUACUAUUAUGGCUCAAACAGUUUGUUAAUACUACCGGUGCCGGCUCUGAUAGCUGCAGUGGUAGCUAUCAAUUAACAGACAAUAGUAGCAACAAAUCUAUUGAGACGUGUCUGAAACAAUUAGUCGACGAUACCAUCAAUUGGUGCAAUAAUUUGAAGACCACUCAACUAUUGAUACCAUCCAAUUCGUGGCUUAACCUGCCGAUGCCGCCCCAAGUGGCUAUGAUUACCUGCACCUGGAAUAGUAUUACCCGAGCCGUGUCCACACCCGACUCCCAGUAUUUGAUUGCAUGUGAGACCAAAAUGAUACACUUUUAUAACUUGCCGGCAAAGUCUAUCAUCAAAUCAUUUGAAGGUCAUCGGUCGACAAUAACAUGUCUUCAUUUGUCUGAUUCGGGCAAAUGGUUGGUCACCGGCAGUGAAGACACGAACGUAAAUCUCUGGGAAGUGAAUAUCGAUAAUAAAGAGAUCUCUUGUAAACUAAAACAUCGUUUAAAUCAACAUAUCGCUGGUGUCCUCUGUGUAGUCAUAUCGCACUCGGAGGAAGUCAUACUCAGCGGCUCCGAAAUAGGCGCCGUAUGUGCCAUUAGUUUGGACUCCGGGACAAUACUAGCCCGACUUGAACAUCACAAAGGUAUGAUUACAUGCCUAUGUGUCAACUCGGGUGACGAUGUUUUUGUCACGGGAUCUACCGAUUGUACGGUUGCCGUCUGGUCUUUGGAAACGUUUUGUAUACUCAAUGAAAUCAUACUAAUGAAGCCCAUUAUGCAUAUGGAUAUAUCCCUUGACUCGACUUUCUUACUGUUGGCCUGUGAGGACAACUCCAUUCAUGUACGAGCGCUGACCACCGGAUCCAAUGUACACUGUCUUCAGGGACACUCUGUCGGCGCUGUCAUAUCGUAUCUGAGGUUCGCCAAAGACAACUGUCGCUGUAUACUUGGCUGCGGCGACGGAAAGUUGCAUAUCUAUGACAUACACUCGGCCCGACUCUUACAGACACUGUCGGCGCACACGGAGAUGAUUACGGCGAUCCUUCCGCAGACGAACGAUCGGUUUUUGUUUACUUGCGGCGGAAAUAAAAUUGUUAUCUGGAAUUUCAGUGCCCGAAACAAAGACAAAGACUUGUUGGCCGCCAAUAUUGAUGGACUAAAUCCAAAGGACAGCCAACAACAGCCGCGUUCGCGACCUUCGUCUCGCAAAAAGAAAAGAGUAGACAAUCAUAGAGAGCCAAUCACAUGUGUGGCCGUAUCGCGUGACGGCUCUCUGGCUGUUACUGGUAGUCGUGAUUGUUUAGUUAAGAUAUGGCAACUGAGUACUGGUGAGACACAUACGACACUGGAAGGUCAUACUGGAGCCGUUACUUGUGUUGAUUUUGCGCCAAACGGUUUAUUUGCCGUUUCGGGCUCUGAGGACAAGACACUGCGUGUUUGGGGACUAACUUUAGGUCUGAUUGUGUCCACAUUUACUGAACAUCAAAAUAGUAUUGUUGUGGUGAAAGUGUCAUCCGAUUCCCGAAAGAUACUAUCGGUCGAUGCUAUGGGUGUUCAUAUGCUCUGGCAGGCAGACAAUGGUAACCGAUUGGUAGUGACGACAAAACCUAUUAAUAAUGUGAUAUAUCAGGGAAACACAGUUUUCGCUAUUUCCGGAAAAAAUGAUAACAGUGUCCGAUUUUGGUCAUCAUAUGAUUAUGAAAAUGAGAAAACUGUUUCACAUAGCGAACCCAUCACGUGCUACACGUGCACAUACGAUGGCCAGACAAUCAUUACCGGCUCUCAGGACAUGUCGCUCAAGGUCUGGGAAGUGACCAGCGCUAAGCUAACACAAGUUUUGGUUGGACACGAAGGCAGCAUAUCAUGUGUGGCCACUGCACCACUCAACUCAAGUCUGGUUAUCAGCGGUUCACAAGACUGUAAUCUAAUUGUAUGGGAUAUGACCACUGGUUCGGAUCUGUUUACAUUGUCCGGUCAUAACGCCAAUGUCUCUCAAGUCAAGAUGACACUCGACGGCUCUACGGCUGUGUCCGCAUCCGAAGACAAUACAUUGCAAGUGUGGGACACCAAAACAUCUGGAUGUCGACUGGCAAUCAUGGAUAUGCACCACAACUUCCAGUCCUUAUCGUUCUCAUUGAAUCUCAAUUCAUUUGUAGUUCAUUUAGCCAACAAUCAGUUGCUUCCAAUCAUUCGUUACCACAACAAUUCAGCAAAAGACUUGACCCUUGAUUUGCCUCCGGGAACUCCCGGUGGCGACGACAUCAAAGCACCGGCAGCCUGGCGUGGAAUUGUACCGCGCGAUGGCCGCCAACGUAUACUCAUGAAGGGUGCACUGAAAAGGGAACAGUCAUUUGAUUCCUUCUAUUGGGACCAUUUGUUACAUCGGGGACAGAGUGUCGAUGAUUUUCGCAAAAUUAUGCCAUUGGCCGCCCAACAGAUCCAGUCGCCGAUGGGCUCGCGCGACAAUAUAUGGGAUGGCAGUCCAAUAGCUUCGGCCAACGUUAACGUUGAACGGACGCCGACAAUGAUGAGACCGACGCGUAUGAUCUCUAAAUUGAUUGGUCCGAAACAGAAGAUGUUGAAAAAACAGCAGUCAAUGUUUGCUUGUUUUUCCGAGUUUACGGCACCGGGUGGUCAACCAAUUGUCAAAGCGCCCAGUCCUUUGAUCAAUUCACAGUUAGGCACCGACUCUACAAAUCCCAAAAUUGCUGCAAUCAAAUGUCUGCCUCCAUCCGUACGUCCAUAUCUGGGUCAGGGAUCUCAGGGCAGAUCCCGAUCCAUGGAGGAAACCGAUGCAAACUCGACUGUUUCAAAGGAUACCAAUCCUAACGGCAAAUACAUUCAAAUAAAAGAUUCCGGUGUUUGUAUUGUUAUGUAAUUACAUCAAUCACUGAUCCAUAAGUUUGUUUAGUUUUGUUUGUAUUUCACACAUAUAUAGUAAAUAGU